AUAUUUUCUCUAUUCAGUAUUGCACAGGAAUGCAAAUAGCUAAAGAUAACUUUAAGAUCUUAUAUCUGUACUUAAAAUUCAGUCAUCCAUGAAGUAUUUGUAGGUAUUCACAAUGGGUAUUACAGGUUUGAUUCCCUUCCUGGAGAAGGCAUCAAGACGAGCCAAUGUUGACGAGUUCAGUGGAUGUACUGUGGCCAUAGAUUCCUACUGCUGGCUCCAUAAGGGAGCCUUCGCCUGUGCCGAUAAAAUAGUGCGUGGAGAAGAAACAGACAUACAUAUCAAAUAUUGCUUGAAGUAUGUCACGAUGCUGCUCUCCAAGAACAUUAAGCCUAUUCUGGUGUUUGAUGGAAGACAUCUGCCGGCCAAAGCAAUGACUGAAGCUAAAAGGAGAGAGUCCAGAGAUAUAUCUAAGAAGAGAGCUGCAGAACUAUUGAGUCUUGGCCAGAUAGAUGAGGCCCGUUCCUUCAUGCGUCGCGGCGUGGACAUUACGCACGCGAUGGCACUCAGCCUCAUCAAGGAGUGUCGGCGCCGCAACGUGGACUGUAUUGUGGCCCCGUACGAGGCCGACUCGCAGCUCGCCUACCUGAAUGUCAAGAAUGUAGCCCAGCUGGUCAUCACUGAGGACUCGGACUUGAUACUGUUUGGGUGUACUAAGGUGCUAUUCAAGAUGGACCUAGAUGGCAAUGGCACCCUCGUGGACACGUCGCGGCUGCCGCUCGUGAUGCGCUGCCCCAUCGAGAGAUACUCGUUCGACAGAUUCCGUCAGAUGUGCAUAAUGUCGGGGUGCGACUACCUGGCGUCGCUGCCCGGCAUCGGGCUGGCCAAGGCGAGGCAGUUCGUCGUCGCCACACAAGACUCUAAUUUCGCUAAUGCUCUCAAGAAGCUGCCCUCAUUCUUCAACAAGUCCUCCCUGACGGUGACGGACGAGUACCGCGCCGCCUUCCUGCAGGCGGAGGCCACGUUCAAGCACCAGUAUGUGUAUGAUCCACUGGAGAGGACCAUGAGGAGGCUCACUGAGACUGAUGAUGAAGACACAGAGAAGGCGCUAUGCUGCAACGCGGGUGAACUGCUAGAGCCGGACGUGGCAUUUCAACUGGCGCUCGGCAACCUCGACCCCUUCUCACUGCGGACUGUCGACGACUGGCACCCCGACCGGAGACCCACUGUGAGAACGUUUUAUUUAUGUUUUUCAUGGCAUGAUGAUGAUGAUGAUGAUGACCCCGCCUCACACGCCAGCAUAUGGGACCCUGGGUUCAGUGUCUACCUGACUGAAGAUAGACCCUGGGCGAAAAAGGAGAAGAAACCCGAGCCCAUCAUAGCCGUUCCGAAGACUAGAGCACGGAAGAAAGUGGUCAAUAUGGUGCCCAAGUAUGUUGCUGAGACUCAGGAUGAGAGCCUUUCAAUAGAAACACUAAGCAGCAUGUACUGCGUAGAACCUAAAUCCAAGAAGCAGAAGUUUGAAGAUACCAAGAAUACCCAAAGCUUAGAUUCCCAAGAAGAAGUGAACCCUCACGAUAAAGCCAUGCUCGAAGACAAUACCCAAAACCUUGACCCACCAAGACUGAAGGAGAAAUCUCCUAUACUAGAGAAUAAGGAAAGGUCCUUUGCUAAAUGUAUGAAAUCGGCAAACAGUCAAGUGUUAAAGAAGCUAAGUAGGUUUCCACGGACAGUUCUAGAUGACAAUAUAGUUGAAUCCAAGUUCUUCAGUCCUCCAUCCAGUUGUAGUAAUACAGCCAGCAGUAGCCCAAUAAGUAUUUGCAUUGAAGAGUCUCCAGAGAAGAAACUAGAACAUAAAGUAUUUGAAAUUGAUACUCAAUGUUCUGAGAUCCCGGACUCUCAGCCCGACAGUGGGUUUGAGACAUUAUCCAGCUCACAGAAAGAGAAUUCUCCAGAAAACAGCCCUGUUAAGAUCACUAGGAGCCCUAUUCUGGAGCCCAGUCCUCGAACUAGGAAUCCAUUCAGGGUGAAGCCUUUGGAAGAACUGAAAAAUCCGAUUCUGGACACUGAAGUGUCAGUCAUAGAGGAUACUUGCUCGUUCGAGAGUUUGGUUGUGCCUGUUGAUCCUACUGAGCUAGCCUUCGGCAGCUCCAGCCCCGACCCUGUGACAGCCACGUGGAGGAGCAAAGAGGACUCCCCCCUCGCCCCGCACCCCGCGCCCCCCGCGCCUCACCCCGCGAUCAAGAAGAAACUGACGUGCAAAGCGGACGCAUUGAAGAGGCCGGCCAAUCAGCCCACGCUGCUUAGCAUGUUCGGCUUUCAAAAACGGCCAACUUUGAAGAAAUAGUCGACAAGUCUUCCACUGCCUUCUUCUGGACUGCGACCACAAUUAGUUUUAAGAAUAAUGUUGUUAUUUAUGAACCUGUUACUGCCAAUUCAUGUUAUGUUAAUUAUGUGUUUUGUUUUGUUAUGCCUAAGUACAAUUUUUGUAUGACCCACCUCAAUUAUGGUCACGUGUAGAAAUAUUUAAACAGUGCUCAGUUAUGAUGACUAAAAGAAGAGUUUGAUUUGUUUUAUUUGAAUUGUUUGAUUAAUAAUGUGAUACAGUACAAGACACCGUUGUAACCGCAGUAAUUGUAAUUUGUUACAUUAUUUGCUUUCCUAACUUAUGUUUUGAUCUUACAAGAGCAUUUACCAAACGCAUUUUUUAUCAUUGAGUCUAAGUCUGUAUAGGUGCAUAGCCGAAUUUCAUAUAAAAAACCUAAUGUUACGAAUCGUUAUUAUUUUUCUUACAAUAAGGGCCCUGAUGGAUCUUUUAUGUGAAAUAAAUUGUAAAGCCGGGUCCAGACAUGUAUCCUUUGCCCGAUCCUAUCACCGUAUCCGAUAACCGUACCGUAUCUGCCGAUGCCUCCGAUUUGCCGUCUCGUAUCCGUAUCUUCACAAUAGUUAUAAUUCCUUUGAUGAUCGGACAAAAACCGACACAACAUAGGACGGGCUGUAUCAUAACGGCGUAUUGAGAUUGCGUAUCAUUAACCGUCCACAUAUGCGGCCAUGAUACGCGUCGACGAUACGGACACGGUGAUCGGAUCGGGCAAAUGAUACAUGUCUGGACCCGGCUUAAGUAUUUGUAUCUACAGCUGCGUACAGACCGGCCCAACGAACGCCCAACGAUGGAUAUUUAUCAUACAUAAUACAGGGAUUGCAGCAACGAAGGUCAACGAAACCCGUUCGUUGGCGUUCGUUUGGCCGGUCUGUACGCAGCUUACUAUGUAACAUGCACAAUGCAAUUUAAUGUGGUGACUUUCUCAAUCAUUAUGUGAUGUUAACUUCUUAAAGAUUUGAUUUUUAUUGUGAUAAUUAAGUAAAUAUAUUAAACGAUAUUUUGUGAUACA